AAGGCUGGUUCCACUGUACUUUGACAAAUGUUCGUGGUACAAGAAAGAAGCACUUCUUGUUAAGCUAGCUAAGCAUUUUUUAUGAUGAAUAUUUUUAGUUUUUAACCUUUUUACAAGAUUGUGUUUUUUUCCUGUCGCAGGUGGAGACAAUCGGUGAUUGUUUACUUGUAGUGUCAGGGUUACCAGUCAGGAAUGGUAAUCGUCACGCGGGGGAGAUCGCAGACAUGGCGUUUGACAUACUCAGUCUCAUGACUCACUUCAAGAUCAGACACAGACCCCGGAUGAAGCUACAGCUCAGGGUUGGAUUGCACAGCGGCUCCUGUGUGGCGGGUGUGGUCGGAAUCCACAUGCCUCGUUUCUGCUUAUUUGGCGACACAGUGAACGUGGCAUCGAGAGUAGAGACCACUGGCCAAGCUCUCAAGAUUCACGUGAGUGAAGACUGUUACAGGAUCUUGAAGGAAAUUGGUGGAUACACAUUCCUCAAGAGGGGCGAAGUUUACCUCAAGGUAAUUUGAAUUACUGUAUGACUGACUUUGCAAUGGAAGGCCAGCAACCUUCGGUUUACUUUCAGUGGCAUUACUUGCAAAACAUUUUGGACGAUUUUAAUUUCGGACAAAAACAAUUUCCGAAAACAAAACCGUGCCAAAUUUUCAAGCGUAUAAAAUUUUGAGCGUCCAAGAUAUUUACAGAACAGUAUAGAACUUUGAAAAAGCUUGAAAGCUCUUAGUUUCUUUUAUGCCAGGCUUUAUGCAGCGAACUCUAGUUGAGAAACUGUUUGAGUUAUGUAACGACUUGAUAGAAUUUGGGUUAUUUUCUCGUCAUUGGAGUAAAGCUGUCAUUUUCAGAGCUGUUGUGUCAGUUUAAUUCGUGUUUUGCAGGCGUGAAUUUACUUUAGCUAUGUUUCAGCUUAGUGUCCGAA